CGGGCCGCGAGUGACGGCAGCCGGGGGCGGUGGAGGUGCCAUGUCCCUGGGCAGUGACAGCGGCCCCGGCAUCGUGCACAGCCUGCUGUGCCACCGGCAGGGAGGGGACAGCGAGGCCUUCGCCCGCCGCGCCAUCCAGAGCCUGCUCAGGAAGCUGAAGGAGAAGAGGGACGAGCUGGACGCGCUGGUGGCCGCUGUCACCUCCGGAGGGGCGCAGCCCGGCCAGUGUGUCACCGUGCAGCGCACCCUGGACGGGCGGCUCCAGGUGGCCGGCAGGAAGGGGUUCCCGCACGUCAUCUACGCCCGGCUCUGGCGCUGGCCCGACCUGCACAAGAACGAGCUGAAACCCGCCACCUUCUGCCAGUUCGCCUUCGACCUCAAGUGCGACAGCGUCUGUGUCAACCCCUACCACUACGAGCGCGUGGGGACCCCCGAGGGCGGUCUGAGCAUCCCGGGCACAGUGCCCCCUCCGCGCCCGGUGAAGGAGGAGUUUGUCCAUGACUGUGUGCAGAUGGAGCCCCCCGCCCGGCCCCACCCAGCGCUGCCCCCCCGGCGGCCCCCUGAGCCCCCCGGCGUGCCCCGGCCCUACCCUGCGCUCCCCAUGGCGCCCCGAGCGACCCCCCAGGACCCCCUGCUCCCCCUGGCCCACCCCGAGGGCCCCCCGCAGGACGGGUACCCCAAAGCACCCCACCACAGGCCCCCCGUGCUCCAGCCCCCCGUGUCCACCCACCCCGGUGAGUGCCCCCCACCCUCCUUAGCACCCGUGGGUGCCGUGACCCCCCCUAAAAAUCCCGCGUGCCGCCCGCCAGGCCCGGAAUUCUGGUGCUCCAUCGCCUACUUCGAGCAGGACGUGCAGGUGGGGGAGAUCUUCAAGGUGCCCUCGAGCUGCCCCACCGUGGUGGUGGACGGCUACGUGGACCCCUCGGGGGGCGCCCGCUUCUGCCUGGGGCAGCUCUCCAAUGUGCAGCGCUGCGCGGCCAGCGAGAGGGCACGGCUGCACAUCGGCAAGGGCGUGCAGCUGGAGCGGCGAGGAGAGGGCGACGUGUGGAUGCGCUGCCGCAGCGACCACGCCGUGUUCGUGCAGAGCUUCUACCUGGACCGGGAGGCGGGCAGAGCCCCCGGGGACGCCGUGCACAAGGUGUACCCCGGGGCACACAUCAAGGUGUUUGACCUGCGCCAGUGCCACCGGCAGAUGCAGCAGCAGGCGGCCACCGCCCAGGCCGCCGCCGCCGCCCAGGCGGCCGCCGUGGCCGGCAGCAUCCCCGGGCCCGGCUCGGUGGGCGGCAUCGCCCCGGCCAUCGGGCUGUCGGUGGCCGCGGGGCUCGGCGUGGACGACCUGCGGCGCCUGUGCCUCGUUAGGCUGAGCUUCGUCAAGGGCUGGGGGCCCGACUACCCCCGGGCCAGCAUCACCUGCACGCCCUGCUGGAUCGAGGUGCACCUGCACCGUGCCCUGCAGCUGCUGGACCACGUCCUGCACGCCCUGCCCGACGCCCACGCCUGACUCCCGGGAGGAGCAGCCAAAAAAAAAACACAAAAAAGAG